UUUAUUUAACUUCUAUUAAUCUAUUAUAUGAAUAUGGAUGCAAAUGUUGUUACUUUGAUUCAUGAUAAUGGCUCGUCGGCAAAAAUCCAUUUAUUUGGUGCAACAGUUAUAUCAUGGAUUAAUGAUAAUACAGAGCAGUUGUUCUUGAGCACUUUGUCAAAAAUGGAUGGAAGCAAGGCAAUCAGAGGAGGAAUACCAGUCAUAUUUCCGAACUUUGGUCCAUGGUCAUGUGGUCCUCAACAUGGGUUUGCUCGAAUUUCCUGGUGGAAGUUACAAAAACAGGAAAAGUUAGAAGACUAUGUGAAAGCAACGUUUGUUUUAGAAGAAAAUGAUCACACAUUAUCAUUGUGGAAAUACAGAUUCCGGUUGACAUACACUGUUGAAUUGAGACCACAGGAGUUAGAGACAUCUCUUUCCAUAUCGAACACUGGUACCGAAUCAUUUGAUUUCACAGCUUUGCUUCAUACGUACUUCAGAGUGUCAAGCAUUAAAGAGUGUUCAGUCACUGGGUUUGAAGGCUGUACAUACAAUGACAAGGUUACUAAGGAAGAUGGGAGAGUGGAAAAUCGUGAAAAAAUCCACGUUGAUGCUAAUGUGGACUCUGUAUACAUUUCUGCAGGAACCAAAUGUCAUUUUGUAUCCAGUCAGGGGAGGAAAAUCAAAAUAGAAAAACAAAAUCUCAAGGAUACAGUUCUUUGGAAUCCAUGGUCUGCCAAAGCAAAAGAAAUGUCGGACUUUGAUGAUGAAGGUUAUUUGAAUAUGAUUUGUGUUGAAGCUGGACAUGUCAGUGAAAGGAAAGUUUUACAGCCAGGCGAAAUAUUUGGUUGUGGUCAGAAGUUGAAAAUUGUGAACUAACUACCAUUACUUUUCCUAAUAUCAAUGUUGCACUUAAUUAUAAGGUUUAUUUAUUUUUCCUAUGGGUCAUUGUGCAGUACAAUAUGCCAUGGAUGUCUGUCUAUAGGCCCAGUAGGCAUUGAGAAAUACAAUCAAAACAUAUGUGAUCUUGUCUUGAUCAUCACAACUUGGGCAAAAAUAUUUCAGGUUGCCUAUUUGCUAUUUAUCAGAGGAGUGCUUCACCGAAAUUCAGACUUAUUUUCAAUGAUGCAGUAUCAUGUAAUGAAAUCUAGCUGCAAAAUACAACAUAUGAAAAAUGA